GCGACAGACAAGAGCAGCGUGGAUAGAGCGGGAUCAAGUGUGUGCUGUGUGGUAGUGAGCGCCCUGAGCCCUGGCAAUCAGAGGAUAGGCUUCAAGUAGCACUUGCCCUCGUUUAAUUGCACGCACAUAAAGAAAUUCUCUCCCUCUGAACAAAAAACUUCCUCCCGCGCAGUUCUGCGGUGGCCUUUUAAUCUUGGUGAGCUUCAGUUUUUUGUUUCUUGGACUCUUCUUCUUGUUAGGUUGCGUUGCGUCCUGUGCUUCUGAUUGGAGGCCGCCAUGGAUGAGGUCCCCGGAAGGAGCAGCUCCGUGAGAGCUACAAGGAGCAUCUUUGGCGAAAGCAUCGGUGGGAGGAAGCCGGAGAUGAACAGGGCAAGGAAUGUUUUAGGACAAGAGAAUCUGCGGCCAGAGAUGAAGCAGCUAGCAAAAUCCAGCAUAGAUAAGCUGAGUGAACGCAAGACCGCCGUGGACAGAGAAAGAGCCGGCGCCGAGUCCGAGCUGUCGAGGGCGCGCGCCAUGGCGAAGGAGCUGGAGCGCCAAAUAGAGCAGGCCAAGGCCCGGGCGUCGUCCAAGAGGUCAGAGCCUCACACAAUGCGGCCGGCGACCAGGGCAAGCAAGACGGGACACGGUGCGCCGCGCUCGCAGGGGGAGCGGCGCGACGCUGCCGAGUACGCGGAGGUGUCGCGGGAGCUGAACCGUGCCAGGCAGGAGCUGCUCAGGCUGCGGCUGGAGGUCAAGUCCGCGGCGGAGGCCAAGGCCAAGGCCGAGAGCGACAUCGUGUCGUCGGCGAUAAACAUCCAGUCUAACCUGCUCGCUGCCGACGAGAUGAAGCGGCUGGUGGACGAGGCGAACGAGGAGCACGUCCUGGUGGAGCUCGCGCGCAUCGAGGCCGAGCGGGAGCGCCGCGAGAUCGACGCCCAGCGGUGUGCCGAGGCCGAGCGGUUCGCCCGGGAAAUGGAGGCCACCAGGGCUAAGAUCGAGGCGCUACGGAAGGACCUGAGCCGCGCCCGGGAAAUGGAGGCGAAGCUCGCGGUGACGAACGCUGACGUGGAGGUCCUACAGGCCGAGAUGGAGCUGGUCCGUGCCAUGGAGAGGAACAGUGUCAAGAACGACGGCACUGCGGACGUGGAGGCUGAGGACAAGGCGCUGCUGCGGACUGCGGAGGCCGAGCUGGAUGCCGCCAAGAAGGAGCUGGAUAGCAUCAAGGCCGGGAGCUUCCAGUUCAUGACGUCCAUGGACAGCGCGCGCACCGAGAUCAUGCGGGUCUCCGAGGAAGUGAACCGGCUCAAGGCGCAGGAGAAGAAGGCGGACGCGCAGGUGCAGCAGCUGAACGCCAAGUUGCUGAAGGCGAGGGCCCGGCUGGAGGCCCUCACGGAGACCAGCGAGCGGUCCAAAGCGAUCGUUUCAAAUAUGACGUCGGCACUGCAGCAGCUGCAGGACGAGAAGAAGGCGGCGAUGAAAGAGGAGGAGCUGAACGAGCUUGAGCAACGGUGCGUGCGCGCCGAGACCGAGAACGCGAACGCCGAGAUCGCAGCGACCGAGGCACGGAUGCAGCAGUCUGUGAAGGAGCUCGAGGCGGCGAAGACGGCCGAGGCCGCGGCGAUGAAGAAGCUCAAGGCCGCCGUGGAAGGCACAAUGCAGGCGAGGGCGUCACGGCGGUCGGGGACCAUAACCAUCUCGCGGUUCGAGUACGAGUACCUGAGCGGGCGCGCGGCGCUGGUCCGCGUGGUGGCCGACAAGAAGGUGUCCGCGGCGCAGGCGUGGGUGCAGGCGCUCAAGGCCGGCGAGAAGGAGCUGGCGGCGCGCGCGGAGGCCACGGAGCGCGUGACAGCCGAGCUGCGCGCCAGGGAGGCCGAGGCGGCGGCGGAGGCGGAGAGCGCGGCGGGCGAGCAGAAGGCGCUGGAGCAGGAGCUAUACGACCUGAACGCGGUGGCGGAGCGGGACGGGCUGCUGUGCGCGUACCCGCGACGGCGGUCGACCAGGGUGUCGGCGACGAUGCGGAGGACGAGGGCGCGGCGGUCGUCCGUGUCUUCGUCGGCGGGGAUCCGGAACCCGCGGACGCCCUCGUUCACCAUCAAGAGGAAGAAGAAGGUGAUGCCCAGCCUCUUCAAGCUGAUCAAACAGAGGAAAGACGAGCGCGCGAGCUGAGAGAUGUGCCUCGCCAAAGAAAAAUGCAUUUGUCAGUUCUUUUUUCUGCUCGUACAUGUCAUGUUAGACGUCACUGUUGUGCAAAAUGUACAAAAAAUGGAUUGACCGUGCUUAGCAACGGAUGCCAUAAAAAAUAUUCCUAUAGUUCGCCCACGUUCGAAAGAGCAUAUUCAUAGCUUGAUUAAUGGAUGUAAGUUAUAAUUAAUGGAUGUAUAUUUAAUUAAAACGAAUU